UCCUUCACUUUCAGUCGACACAUAAGUUAAAGGCCUAGAAUUUAUUGCCAUUUCUACUUCCUUUAUAAAUGUCUUUAAUUCCUCAACAUUUAAAAUUGCACAACCAAGUGUCUUUUUAAAGGAAUCUUUCACAAGUUUGACCAAUCUUUCAUAUAUACCACCUUGCCAAGGAGAUAGUGCCGGUAUGAAUUUCCACUCUAUUCCACGAUUUAUAAUAAAAUUAUUAAAUUUAUUGUUCUCUGGUUGCUUAUCUUGACUCCAUUUUCCAACUAUUUUUGCAUCAAUACUCUUGGAAACAACCUUAAAUUGAUUUGCAUUAUCCGAUAUGAUUUUUGCGGGUACUCCUCUUUGGGCUAUAAAUCUACGUAAUGCAUGUAAGAAGGCUAGAGCUGUUAACUCGAAGGCAAUUUCUAAAUGUAUCGCUCUAGUAGUAAAGCAUGUAAACAGAACAAUCCAGAAUUUCUGUUUAUUCCCAUCUAUUUUACAUAUCGACGGACCGAGAUAAUCUAUGC